CAUCGAAAUCAUGCUUCCUCUACUUUUUGUAUCUAUUUUACUCUUUGGUGCUUCCCAGGCUCAAGUCUUUGGUUUUGGUAAAUGUGCUCAGGUGAAAACACAGGAAACUCUAGAUCUGAACAGGUAUCUAGGAACUUGGUAUGAAAUAUAUAAGUUUAAGGCCAAUUUUGAGGGAAAUCAAAAGUGCGUCUCAGCAAACUAUCAGCUAAAAUCAGACGGGCAUAUUCGAGUAGAUAAUAUAGGAUACGAAAAUGGACAAAAGAAAGAAGCAGUUGGUGAUGGAUACAUUCCAGACCCAAAUUAUCCAUCAAGACUUGGCGUUAGAUUUUCUAAUCUGGCACCAUACGGAAGAUACUGGGUCCUAGAUACUGAUUACACAACUCAUACAAUGAUUUACUCAUGCAGUGAUAUUCUGGGAAUCUUCCAUAUUUCAUAUGCUUGGAUCUUGAGUCGUGAAAGAACACUGGAUGAAUCCGUGAAAAACAGACUUUUUGCCAAGGCCGAGUCCUUCGGCAUCGAUACAUCAAAGUUCUUAAAGGAAGAUCAAACAGGGUGCUAAGUGUC